AUGACUUCUGAAGGCGAGACUCCUACUAAAAAAGAGGUUCUCUUUCCGCAAAUUGGCGAAGUUGUGGAUGCAACUGACGAUGAAGGCAAACCAACUGAGAUUGAGAGCUAUUGUGUUAACUGCGAGCAAAAUGGAGUUACGCGAUUAUUAUUAACACGCAUUCCACAUUGGCGAGAUAUAAUCGUUAUGAGCUUUGAAUGUGAACAUUGCGGUUUUCGCAACAAUGAAGUCCAAUUCGCUGGUGUAAUUGCAGAAAAAGGAUGUACUUACACCUGCGAAAUCUCGUCACCCGAAGAUCUUGAUAGACAACUAGUCAGAUCCGAAAGCGCAUCUGUAAAAAUCCACGAAAUCGAUCUUGAACUUCCCUCUUCAAACACUCAACGCGGAUCACUGACAACCAUCGAGGGCCUAAUAUCGGCUAUCAUUGAUGAUUUAUCGAGUGAACAGCCGGCAAGGAAAUACACCGAUGAAGAAACUUAUAAAAAAAUUGAAGUGAUAUUGGAGAGACUGAAAGCGUUUCGUGAGAAUCGAGAAAAGUGUACUAUUUCUGUUAAUGAUUUUGCUGGGAACAGCUAUAUUGAGAACCUUUGCGCUCCUAAUCCUGAUCCAAAAUUAAAUAUUCGAUAUUACAAUCGAACACGCGAAAUGAACAUUGCACUGGGAUUAAAUGUAGAUUCUUGCGCUGAUGAUGAAGAAGACACGGCAAAAAAAGAUCACCUUCAAAAUAACGUAAUAAAGGAUCUCCAAGCUAAUGAAAAGGAAGAAGAAUUAAGAGGUGACGAUAAAGUAUCUGAAGUAAUGAUUUUUCCGACAAACUGUUCAAAUUGCAAUACUCCUAGUGAUACGAGAAUGCACAUGAUAAAUAUUCCACACUUCAAAGAAGUGGUAAUAAUGUCGACGGCAUGCGGUUACAAAUCUAACGAAGUAAAAGCAGGUGGUCCAAUAUCCCCACAAGGAAAACGGAUAAAGCUAAAAAUAGUGGAUAUUGAAGACCUGUCGCGUGACAUUCUAAAAUCUGAGACAUGUAAUCUCAUCAUUCCAGAUAUCGACUUGGAGUUAACAACAGGCACACUGGGUGGUCGAUUCACAACUAUCGAAGGUUUGCUAAGGCAAAUCUCUGAUGAAUUACAACAGCGUGUGCCUUUUGCGAGUGGAGAUUCGGUUAAAGAGGAACGUCGUAAAACUUUUGCAAAUUUUAUUGAAAAGUUGAAUAAGGUUAUCUCAGGUGAAGUUUUACCGGUGCAUUUGAUUUUGGAUGAUCCUCUGGCGAAUUCCUAUUUGCAGAAUUUAUAUGCUCCAGAACCUGACCCAAAUAUGCUGAUUGAAUAUUAUGAUCGUACAUGGGAACAAAAUGAGGCUCUUGGAUUAAAUGACAUGAACGUGGAAAAUUAUGAAGCAAAUAACGAUGAGGAUUCAGUGGACAAAAAUCCUAAUUGA